AUGGCACAAACGGUUCCCUCUCAAACCAUUUCUCCUCCUGGUGCCACUCCUACUCCUGGUGUUCCUACUGGUACACCUGGUUCCACUAACGGAACCACUAACGACACUCUUUGUAGUUUGAGCGAAUAUACACCUGUUACCGUUCAAUUGCAACAAAUAAAAAGUAGUUUUAGGGGAGGAACUGUUACGGUUUUAGGAACUUUAUCUAUCAUCGAUGGAUGUACUUUUGAAGUUAGCGGGUUUACUUACUCUUUCGCGGCUACUAACACGUAUUGGUUUGGCAGCAACUUUACGGAUCCUAAUGCGGAAGCAAUAUUAGUUAGUCCAACUCCAGUGGGUCAAUUUCAAUCGGCACCAUCAAUAAAGUUUAAGUUGACAUCAACCGUAACAUUUAAUGAUUUUAGCGUAUUGAACCUUUUUUCAAUUGAUGAGAAGGCCGUAUUUGGUCAGGCUGUGUUGAGACAAAGUCCAUCUAAUCCUUUUUCUACCGUCGAAAAUUCUAAAAAUCAUUCCAAUAGAUUAUCAUUCGAUCCUACUAUCAUAAUGACUAAAAUUUUUGUUGGUUUCCUGAUUUCUUUCAUUUGGAUAAUGUAA